CCCAGAAUGCACCACAACACAGGACGGUGACGCAACCUCAGAGUGUCCCGUCACAUCGGGGACGCCUUCUUUCGGCAGCCAAUGACAUCGCAGAUUGAAGCUGAUAAAAUGCUGAGUCAGCGUUCAGCAGGGACAGGUCCACUGAACUGAAACCCAGAACCCGGAGGAGGGAGGAUGGAGAACGCCUCCUCUCACAGACUCUUCAUCCUGGAUGGCUUCAGUGAGCUGGGAGGUCUGAGGCCCGUCCUCUUCCUCCCGUUCUUCAUCAUGUUGGUCCUGUCCCUGUUGGCCAACUCUCUGCUGCUGUACGUCAUCAUAUCACAGAGGAGCCUCCACUCCCCCAUGUUCAUCCUCAUCGCUGGCAUGGCGUGCGUGGACCUGAGCCUCCCUCUGUUCUUCGUCCCCAACAUGCUGCUGAGCUUCCUGUUUGACUGGAGGGGGAUCUCUCUGAUUGGCUGCCUGCUUCAGAUGCAUUUCAUUCACUUUGUUGCGUCCUUCCAGUCCACGCUGCUGGUCUGGAUGGCCGUGGACAGAUACUUUGCCAUCUGCAGUCCGCUCAGCUACCACCAACGCAUGGCUUUACCAGGAUUCCUCAAGUACAUAAUCCCCCUGGUGAUCAGGAACGUGGUCCUGGUCUCGCUGUUUGUCGGUCUGGCAGGAAGGUUGUCGUUCUGUGCUUCCAACGUGAUGAACCACUGUUUCUGUGAGCACAUGGCGUUGGUGCAGCUGGCCUGUGGGAGCACCUCCAUCAACAACCUGGCGGGGUUACUGACUAUCUUCCUCAACCCUGUAGCAGACUUCAUCUUCAUCGCCGCCUCCUACGUGGUCAUAUUCAGCUCGGUGCUGGGUUCAGGAAAGUCCGGGGUCAGAGCCCUUCACACCUGUGUGACCCACAUCGUGGUCAUCACCGUCAGUCUGACCAUCGCACUCGUAGCUUUCCUGUCGUACCGGAUCAGGAACGGUCUCCCUGCAGGGGUCCGGGUCUUCUUCAGCACCAUGUACCUGCUGUUCCCGAGCUGUUUCAACCCCAUCAUCUACGGGGUCAGGACCACUGAGAUCAGACAGCACAUCCUGAGGACCCUGAUGUGGUGUCACUUAGUCCAAACUGCCCCCUGUUCCUAAACCAGAUCCUUUAUUCACAAGAACAACCGAGCAAAGACGAGAAGUUGGACCAAACGUCCGUUCACAGCUGAGAAGGACUCCACCAGUUCCAGUGAGGAGACAUCGGGACGGGAUGAAGUCUACAUUCUGAAGUGGUUCAGGUUUUAUAUCUCUGAGUUUCAGACAUUAAAUGGAGGUAUCACAGCCUCUCUGCAUACAGCUGCUUCAUCCUUUACUCUGACUGUACUUCCUGCUCUCUGCCUCUAGAGGGCAGCAUAGCUCUAUAACUCUCAGACAGGCUGAGGCUCAAAGAACGGACCAAUGAGAAGGCUUUAACCCUCCUGUUGUAAUCUCAUCAUUGACUCCAUCACUGACCAUUUAAACCAAAGUUUAGUCUGUUGGUGUUCUUUAACUCUGUCAGGUCAUGGUUCAAACAGGAGAACUCCUUUUCAUCCAAAUUA